CGACGGCAGCAGCGGCCAGAGCUCGCCCUGUGAGGCUCCCAGCAGCGGCGGCGGCGCCUUUCAACUCAGGUUCGCCACUUGGGAGGGCGAGAGCCGGAGCAAGAGCGAGCCGCUGCCAGGAGGAUGUGGAGGCGGCGGCGGAGGCUGCUCCUGCCGCUGCCGCGCUCGGCGUCCCCUUGGUGCAGGCGCUGCGCGGCGGGCGACGGCGCGCUCCUCUCCCUGCUGCUGCUGCUGGCGCCGCUGGCCGGGACGCUGCGCGCCUUCAACCUGGACCAGGAGAAGCUCUCGGUCUACAGCGGCCCCGACGGCAGCUACUUCGGCUACGCGCUGGACUUCUACAGCCCUGCGCCGCACACGGUAAGUGUCCUAGUCGGUGCUCCUAAAGCCAACACCACCCAACCAGACAUAGUGGAAGGAGGAGCCGUCUAUUAUUGCCCUUGGCCAUCCACUGAGUGCAGGCAGAUUCCUUUCGAUAACACAAACAACAGGAAAAUCAAGGUCAAUGGCACAAGGGAGCCCAUUGAGUUUAAAUCAAAUCAAUGGUUUGGAGCAACAGUCAGAGCUCAUAAAGGAAAAGUUGUGGCUUGUGCUCCCUUAUAUCACUGGAGGACCCUGAAGACUACAGCUGAAAAGGAUCCAGUUGGCACCUGUUACGUAGCAAUUCAGAAUUUCAGCGCCUAUGCAGAAUACUCUCCUUGUCGCAAUAACAAUCCAGAUCCUGAGGGACAAGGUUUCUGUCAAGCAGGAUUCAGCUUAGAUUUUUACAAGAAUGGAGACCUCAUAGUAGGAGGACCUGGCAGUUUUUAUUGGCAAGGACAGAUUAUCACCAGUAGUGUUGCAGAUAUUAUCACAGACUAUUCAUUCAAGAAUAUUCUAAGGAAACUAUCACGAGAAAAACAAACUGGAGUGGCACCAUCGAUAUAUGAUGACAAUUAUUUGGGAUACUCAGUGGCUGCUGGUGAAUUUACUGGAGAUUUCCAGCAAGAGCUGGUUGCUGGAGUCCCAAGAGGUGCACAGAACUUUGGAUAUGUUUCAAUUAUUAAUUCCACAGAUUUGACCUUUAUUCAGAAUUUCACUGGUGAACAGAUGGCAUCCUACUUUGGCUACACUGUUGCAGUGUCAGAUGUUAACAAUGAUGGGUUGGAUGAUAUCCUAGUUGGUGCUCCUCUUUUUAUGGAACGUGAAUUUGAAAGCAAUCCUAAAGAAGUUGGGCAAGUUUAUUUAUAUCUGCAGGACAGUGCCUUGUACUUUAGAGAUGCACAGACGCUAUCUGGCACUGAGGUGUUUGGAAGAUUUGGCAACUCCAUUGCUCAUCUUGGAGAUCUGAACCAGGAUGGAUAUAAUGACAUUGCAAUAGGUGCACCAUUUGCAGGAGAUGAUAGAAGAGGGAAAGUGUUAAUUUACAAUGGAGUCAGUAAUGGGUUAAAUCCUAACCCUUCCCAGGUUCUCAGUGGUAUGUGGGCCUCCCAGUCUAUGCCUGCGGGAUUUGGCUUUACACUAAGAGGAGACUCAGACAUAGACAAGAAUGAUUACCCAGAUUUAAUUGUGGGUGCAUUUGGAGCUGGAAAAGUAGUGCUUUACAGAGCAAGGCCAGUUGUGACGGUGAAUGCUCAGCUUGUGCUCUCCCCAGUGAUUGUAAAUCCAGAAAAUAAAACUUGUCAGCUUCCUGGCUCUAUGACAUCAGUGGCUUGUAUUACUGUAACCAUCUGCACAGCUUUUGAAGGUCAAGGCAUUUCAAAUAAAAUAGCUCUGAGAGUUGAACUGCAGUUAGAUUCGCUAAAACCAAAAGGAUCUGUUAAGCGGACCCUCUUCCUUGCUUCCCAUCAGUCACAGUAUGUCUCCCUCUUCGUGAUAGACAGGCAGAAACGUCCCACUUGCAAGGACCUUGUGGUUUAUCUCAGAGAUGAAACUGAAUUCCGAGAUAAAUUGUCUCCUAUUGGCGUUAGCUUGAAUUACAGCUUGGAUGAAUCCACUUUUUCAGAUGGUUUAGCUGUGAAUCCAAUAUUGAACUAUUAUCAGGAAAACAUCAUUGAGGAGCAGGCUUACAUUCUUGUGGAUUGUGGAGAGGACAACUUGUGCAUUCCUGACUUGAAACUUUCCGCUGUGCCAGAUAGAGAUCAGAUUGUUAUUGGCGAAGAAAACUGUGUCGUGCUUCUGAUAAAUUCAAGAAAUGAAGGGGAAGGCGCCUACGAAGCUGAGCUGCAUAUAAAGAUACCUCCAGAGGCAGAUUAUACUGGCGUUGAGCGUAACAACAAGGCGCUACGCGUGCUGAGCUGCGAUUACAAGAUGGAAAAUGAAACUAGGAUGGUGAUUUGUGACCUUGGGAACCCCAUGGCAGCUGGAACAAAUUUUUCUACAGGCAUCAGAUUUACUGUUCAACAUUUUGAAAAUGCCGAAUUCAGCAUCAAGUUUGAGCUGCAAGUGAGAAGUUCCAACAAGGUGAAAGCCAACAGCAAUUUGGUUGACCUUCAGCUUGACAUAAGCGCAGUGGCUCAAGUACAGCUCCUAGGAGUCUCUCAUCCACCACAAAUUGUUUUACCAAUUUAUGACUGGGAACCAAAAGAUGAGCCUACCAAAGAAGAUGACAUUGGACCUUUGGUAGAACACAUAUAUGAGGUGCACAACAUUGGGCCAAGUGCCAUCAACGAUACACUCUUGUAUGUGGAGUGGCCAGUCCUGAAUGGGAAAGAAUUCCUUCUCUACAUCCUCCACAUUCAGACACAUGGACCACUGCAAUGUCAAACAAGCUCUGCUAUCAACAGUUUGGAAAUAAAGUUUGCUGUCCCAGAGGACACUCCAGAACUCGCAGCUUUUUUGCGCAACUCCUCUAUUCCUCACUAUGUUGGACGGAGGGAAGCCAAAAUGGUGGAGCACCAAAAGAACUCUGCAAGAAUUUUGAACUGCACAAACGUAGAAUGCUUAAUGAUCAGCUGCUCGAUAGGACUCUUAGAAAGAGGGAAAAGUGCUGCACUGAGAAUACGGUCUCGGUUAUGGGCCUCAACUUUUCUACAGAGGAAAAAUUACCAAUACUCUCUUUCUGUCAAUGUGUCAUUUGAAGUAAAGAAGAUGCCAUACAAAGUUCAGCCGGCAAAACUCCCUGAAGGAAGCAUAGCAAUCAAAACAUCUGUUAUUUGGGCCACUCCAAAUGUCUCCUUCAUAAUCCCUCUGUGGGUUAUAAUACUAGCCAUACUCCUUGGACUGCUGGUUCUGGCUAUGUUGACCUUAGCUUUGUGGAAGUGUGGCUUCUUUGACAGAGCGAGGCCCCCUCGAGAUGACAUGGCUGACAGAGUGCAACUAACAAGUGACAAGACUACUGAUGCAUAAAAGAGGAGAUGUAAUUAAUACGGAGAGUCCUGAUCAGAAACAGAAAUGUGUUAGAGAGUUUUACUCCCAGGAGUUUUCCUUUGGACUCAAGAUUGCCAAGACGUCACAAUCUGAACGGUGCAAUGUUCUACAGAUUCACGGCAUACUGGCCAUAGAAGGCAGAAAAGAACAUUAUUGCUGCCUCAGAAACACAUCCAGCUGAUGAGCUAAAAGUUCAGCUCUAUGUUUAAAAAACAACAACAAACAAGCACCGAGCCAUUGUACUCAUUUGAAACUGUGAUAGAUUCUUCACAACACAUGGGGUACCUUGAAGUUAAAGCAGUCUUAGCCUGAACCGUGCAGAGAUGAAAAGCUUGUGUUGCUGUACAGCUUAGAAGAUGACCAGCACAACGUGUUCAAACACUACUGUAUAUAAUGGCAGAAUGUUGUGGCACCUCCCUAAGAAUAAGAACAUUUUGAAACUCUGGCUCAGGGAGACAAGCAAUAUGUUGGUACUGUGAAAGUACUUCUGAAGAGCAAAUGUAGCCUUGAAAAAUACUUCAUAAGUAAGGCACAAUUAUUUAUUUUUCCAUCUUCUGUAGACUGGGCAUCCUUAGAAUAGUUUCUGAAGUUUUAUACUGAUGUUAACAGCUUCAUAAUUCCACAUGUAAAUAGUAUGUGUAUCCUGCACAUUUCAUAUACCAGAUAAAAGUGUUUUGGACGAAGAAAAAUGAUAUAUUAGUGUAUAGUCUGGAGUGUAUGGUAGAAAAUCAUAGGAUUUCAGGCCUGGGAAAGUGACCCUGAAGAUGAUCUAGGUCGGUUCCUUAUGGCAUAGCACAUACAACCUGCCAUAUAUUUAAUUGCACCAUACCAUGGACCUCUCAGCAGAUUGUUAUCCAUUUUAUCUUGAUUAGCAAGCACAGAGAAUCAAAUGCUCCAUGCUAAAUAUACAUAUCUGAUUCUAGAAAAGUGUCUAAUAGUACAUUCUGUAAUCCAGAUAUUUCCAACAAGUGAGACAAGUCACAAUGAUAUCAGGAGACAAACAAAAAAGCCAGCUAGCCAACUUAACUUGAUUGAAAAUGGCUUACUUACUGGUAACUUAAACAAACGCAGUGAAGACAUUGCUGUGAAGCAAAACUCAUUCACCCAUCCUUCCCAAGAAAAGCUCUUUGGCUCACUAGCAUAAGUCUGCUAUACUCAACCUCUGUUUCUAAUCAGAGCAACCUCUGAUGAUUCAAAGGAAGAAAAAAUAUUUCAUAAUUUAAGGUGAAACUUUCUAAAUCCAAUGUGCCACAUCUGAGUACCAGAUUUAAAAAUGCAGAAUAGCCUUCAUAAACCUAUUCAGAUCUGUUUUCAAACCAGUGCAGGCUGGGUUAGUUGGUUUGCUCUCAAGAGGCUCUUCCAGAAUUCUACUUAUCUGAUUCUACUUAUCUACUUAUAGUUAGGAACUUUCUUCAGUUUUACAUCAUGAAUUUAUUGAUGGGCAGUUUAAAGAUCUUCAUCCUUGUAUUUUGACGGCCCAGUCCAUCCGUCUGUUCUGGGAAUGUGAGGAAAACAAACAGGGUGCCAUUGAGAUUAUUGAGGACACUGUGCAUGCAAGAGAACCAUGUGCAAACCUGGUUUCUCAGUAACAACAAUCUGCUUUUUUAGACAGAAUCAUUCUCUCCUAUGAACAGUGUUCUUUCGUUAAUGUUUGUGAAUGCAUUAUGUCUUCUCUGAAGUGUUGGUUGCAACAGGACAAUCAUUGGACCAAAUCCAGCAAGAUUUGCAAGGUGUCCUAUAAACACCAAUUUUGGCAAUAAUAACUGGUCCAUGGGCUCUGUAACAAUUGGACCCAACUUUCAGCCAAGUGAUUGGCUUUGCUUGGCAUUAAAUUCUGAACAUGGUACAAGCAGGAGGGAAACAUCUGCAUGAAGUUUUGAACCCUUUGUACUCUUCUCGUCUACUCAUAUCUUUUGAAUCAAAAGUAAAAUGCAGAAUGUAGAAGUGUCCGUACUUCUUGUCUACUCAUACUCUUCCAUUCUCCCUGGCUGGCUUAUUGGUGUCAUGUCUAGCACCAUAUGUCCUAGAAACAGUUGUUCCAAUAUGCCUGACUUUUGGCCUGCCAAAAACCAGAACUGCUCUGUAGUGUCUGUUGUCAGAAGACUGGAGAGGAAGGAAAGACAGUUGACUCUCGAGCUUUGUCACUGGAACCCUUUGAGUAUUUUUAUUUUUUUACGUCCAAGCAAAAGAGAUAAUUACCCAGCAUCACACCUGUUGACCCCCCAGACAAAGCCUAUUCCAAAGAUUCAUCAGAAUAAGCCAAAUCCCAGCCAGUGUCUUAAACAGACCCAUAACAAUUAAGUCUGUAGCUAGGAAAUACGAAGUUUAUCCCAAUCCCUAGCAUAAACUGGUAGUGAGUUGUGGAUUUUUAGCUCUGCUUUUAAACGCCUUCUUUCUCAUGUCUACCAGGAGGAGAACUAUUCAUUUUCCAUUUCAUGAGAUAAAAUGGAAUGUAUUCCCAAGUUUGAUUAUAUUGAUACAUCCCAGACCAAACUUCAACAUUCACUUCACAUGUACAGUUAUAAAUAAAUCGCUGCCUUUCGUGUGGUAUCAAACUGAGUAGGAUGUUGAUAUCUGUGAAUUCAGAAUUAUCAGGGUCCACAUGAAUAGAGGAUCAUGGGAAAUAGAAGAACCUUGGCAGUCAUUUUCAAAUGAAGCAGGCCUCUAGUUCCUCAAAGGCUUGUCUGGGUUUCUCAAGGAGACAAUCAUGGUAGUGCUUUAUUCACAUGUUCAACACGUAUACAGAAGUACACUUCCUAGCUGUAUCCAAGGUCACUUUUAAAAUGAACACAUGUACAGUCAUUCACACCAAAAUGUAUCUUGUCUGCAGGCAUGUACAACAUAAUAAAGUUGUUCUCACAACCGCUACUGGGGUGGCGUGGGCGGGCGGUGCGGGGGAGGCAGGGUUGAACCUACCUUCCCUCCAGACGAUCGUCAUCCUCUGUGUGGCGCGCAGCUUGCGCACCCACAAAAGCAAUGCGGAUCUCUGGAAGCCAGGAAAAUAACACCAGCCUACAGGUAUCCCUAAAUGCACCACAUGAGGAGUGCACGUGAGGAGUGCAUCCUAUCCUCAAACUAGGUGCUCUAGGCCUCAAUCCCGGUGCUCCUUACCACAUAGGGCUGCUCAAACCUGGGUAGGGCUGCUCAUGCGGACAGCCGCAGUGUCUGAGAAGGGCUAAGCUUGUCUAUAAAUAUUGUCCUUUCUGUGCAAUACACAGCUUCAAGGGAGUGUAUAUAUAGCCAUGUUUUAAGGUGUAUUCCCUAUGGCGGAUUAACGUAGUAGCAAAUGUAGCAUUUGCUACGGGACCCGCAUUUUUUAGGACCCCACACGCCCGGCUUCCAAUAAAUAUCCCUUUCCUGCUAAAUGUGCCUUUUAAGAGAAGGCCCAGCACAGCAUCUGUCCAGUGGAUGUUGCUGGUGCCUACUACAUUUUUCUUUUUAGAGUGUGAGUCCUUUGGAGACAGAGAAUCAUCUGUCCACUCUUUAUUUUUCUAUGUAAACCACUUUGAGAAUUUUGAUUGGAAAACGGUAUAUAAAGGUUCGCUGUUGUAGUAAGUGUGAGUUUGUGGCUUGGUCUCCCAUACUCCCAAAUAUAGUAAACGAAAAAAGUGAAUUACUUUACUAUGCAGAUAAAUAAUUUAUGUUUUAAUAUUUAUGUGCAUUUUAAAAAAAUUUAGGGCCCCUUUAUAACAUAUGCUAUAGGCCCCGCACCUGCUUAAUCUGGCCCUGUCCAAUUUAUGAGAAGGAAUGGCAAAGCUCAAUAGGCCUUGCUGGUGUCCCACAGAGUGAGCCCUCUGAUGCACCCUAGAACCUGCAAGGGCUCCAAAGCAGAUGCUCAGAGCAGACAAUACCAUGUGGAAAGGGUUCCUGAGGACAAGAAAUUUGAAAGCUAUUGUGUUACCCGGGCAUUCUCACUUGCUGUAGCAUCCACUGUGGGCCCGUGUCACUGCAGAGACCCACACAGAAAAGUUCAGUGCUAGUAUAAAAGGAUAUCUGCCAAGCAUAAACUCUGUUCUGCAGACUUCUGCACCCUACCUGGUUUACAUCAGUGCAUCUCCUCCCAUGAAAAGGGAGUGAAUUGUGCCUUGUAAAUAUUGCAUUGUUGAGUUAUAUUCGCAGAUGAUGCAAAAGGACUGACUGGCAGAACUCAUGCACAUUAAAUACAAGUAAGCGUUAGAUGGCAAAAGUACUAGGAAAUGUGGAAGAUGUUUGUUCAUAUGUGCAAUACUUUAUAUUAUCUGUGUACCUGGCGCAUGUUUACACUGGCACUCAUGGUUGGUUUUUUUAAAACCUCUGGAUAUAUUGAUUAACAAAUUAAAAAAAUUAACUCUCCUGCAUUAA